CUACAGAUCUGCUAUAUUUACGAAGCUGUUCGGCCACGAAAAAACUAGCCAGAUCAUUUGUCAUAGAAAGCAUGGAACCGUUGUGCUCAUCGUAUUUUUCCCCCCGAGUGACACGUUGGCCGCAAUGAGCGGGUAGUUCAUCCGGGAUGGACAGAGACGUGUACGUCGAUGAACCGUCAUGUGACAAUCAGACAGUUGCAAGCGGUCAAAUAUCUGCGUUUCGUCAUAUCCGCGUGAAAUACUUUGACCCAGAACGUGUUAUCGAACGAGGACAACCCUUUGCAGAAUGGCCUAAUCGGAUUAUGCUGUCGAACCUAUCACAGCCAGCGACGAGAGAGAGCAGUAGACAGCCUUCGAGCUGGCAAGGUGCGUGUGGCCAUGAUUCCAGAAGCAUAAAAUCGCCAGCCAGACCCAUUAUCGAGGAUAGUUUGAGAAUAGUUUGUAGUGCCGAAGAACACUGCGGCCUUGAGCAAUUGCAAAUUGAUUCAAGCGAGAUAUGUGAGAAAGCCAUGGAGCUUGUCGCAUGUGUUCAUGCCAAAUGGCGCGCAGACAUUUUUGAUAAAUAUCGACCAGGACCUGUCCCUGACUCGGAAAUACUGCAGAUGGAAAGCGACGCGCGUGACCUUAGGGCGCGUUAUGAAGAUGCGCUCUUUGUUUUGGCACUUACUGCAAAGGCGCAGGAAGUUCAGGAGGGCAUUCGCCAACUCGAUGAAGAAUUCAAGGAAUCUACAUCCACUGAUGGCCUAUAUAAACUACUGCCCAAUAAAGAUCUGAAUCCAUACUGCGCUAACUGAGUCAGCAGUGAACCAUUCGCGUGGAUACACUUCGAGCUGUAGCUCUAUAACGCAUUGCCUGUAUUAGCCCAUGAAGACCCUCAUUUUGAGCCUAAUAGCGUAAGGUAUACAUACAUACCCUGCUUCUCACUGUACGGAGACAGUGCUACAUACUUAUACAGUUCCCGUAGGUACCGAUGCGGCGAUAUCUAAUUACCAUAUCUAACCUACUCUAAAAAUAGCUAUUUUGUAGUUAUGCCAAGAGGGGCUUGGCUCUUCGACUCAGAGACAAACAAUUUUCAGCAUAAAGUAAGUAAGCAUAUACUGUUGUAUAGGGGACGUAUAUAGGUCGAUAGGUCGCAGACGACGGUGAUGAUGACGUUAAAACAAUGUCAAACUGGAAUGGCUUGACGGUGGUGGGAGCUUGUCAUAUUUUAAAGGUGAUUUCCUUGCAUCGUUAUUAGAUCCCUUACAAAAUGCAGGCAAUCGUUUAUCAUUUAUGAAACGUAUAAUGGAGCAUGUGACACGCGUCUGGACCCCGAAAACGCCACUUCAUUGUCACGCUUCGUUCUAUUGCUUCAAUUGCUAUUUGUCUAGGUAUUAGACACGGAGCACACAAUGGAAGUCGAUCGAUACAAGAAUACUUUGUAAAUCAUACUAGUAAACAUGUGGCGGGGAAAUUAUGGACGUUUCCAAAGGAAACUCGUUACAAUUAUUAUGUAGCUAUUCCAUGCGCAUGCAAACUUCUCCAAAAUAGAAACCAACGACUACUUUUUGUACCGAAGCUACUGGUCAAAGGCACGAUGCUAGGAGCGGUACGAAACGAUAUAAUGAACUACGAUAUAGAAUGCCGCGUGUUUGCUGUGCAUAUGACUGAAUAGAUAGAUUUCCUCUACCUCUGUAAACAUAGGUAUAUAAGAGACAAGAAAAAUGGUAAAGCGCAUUUGUAUGCCUAUAUUGGAAAUUUCGGCUAAGACUGUUCUCCUAUUUGAUGUACAUAUUUAUAUUUGAACGUUAUAA